CAGGAUUCCUCAAGCAGAGCAUGCAAUCAGUUCGCAGGGAGCAGCCGCAGCCAGAGGGAAGAUGCAGAAGCACAAUCAGAAGGAGCACCUCUACAAGCUGCUGGUGAUUGGGGAUCUAGGAGUGGGCAAAACCAGCAUCAUCAAACGUUAUGUCCACCAGAACUUCUCCCCCCACUACCGGGCCACCAUCGGGGUUGACUUUGCCUUGAAGGUGCUGAGCUGGGAUGCUGAGACUGUGGUACGGCUGCAGCUCUGGGACAUCGCGGGUCAGGAAAGAUUUGGAAAUAUGACCAGAGUGUAUUACAGAGAGGCCAUGGGGGCGUUCAUUGUCUUUGAUGUUACAAGACCUGCAACCUUUGAAGCAGUGACUAAAUGGAAAGAGGAUUUGGACUCUAAGUUGGUGCUUCCAAAUGGCAAACCUGUGCCGACAGUCCUCUUAGCAAACAAAUGUGACCAGGGAAUAGAUGUUCUUAUGAACAAUGGCAUCAAGAUGGAUCAGUUCUGCAAAGAGAACGGGUUCGUGGGCUGGUUUGAAACUUCAGCCAAGGAAAAUAUAAACAUCAAUGAAGCUUCCAGAUGCUUGGUGAAACACAUAAUUGCUAGUGAGAGUGAUCCAGUUCAGUCUGUUGAACCAGAUAUUAUAAAACCACACUUGAAUUCCUCCAAGAUUGUUAGUUGUUCAGCUUGCUUUAAAUCCUAAGAGACUUCCAGACUACUGAAAGAGCUGAACAACUAUGAUUCACAAAGUAUACUUUAUCCAACAUACCCAGUCUGCCCAGAUUGUCCAUAAGCACAUUGUCAUUUUCUCAAAAAUAUACUUAACUUUUUCCAUAUUUUGGCCAUCUAAAUUUUACUAUGAGCUGUUCAUUGAUAUCAACUAUUCAAAGCUGCCUAUGCUACUCAUGGUGAUGGCUGUGUUUUCCCAGCUGAAUAGCACCAACAGGAAUAGCAGAACCCAUUUCUUUACAAUGUGGUUUCUGAAAGCUCAUAUUUGUGUUGUGACUGCAGUACUACUCUGUGUUCAUUGGUCCUCCAGGCUGUCUUCUCAAUACCCUGGUAAUCAUCAAUACCAGGCAACCAUCAUCAUUACACUUUUUUGUCACCCCUCCCUCACACUUGAAUGGUCUUGUUUCAUAUAAGGAAGAUGAUGAUGACAAUGAAAACGUAGCUGUUCAGAAAGAGGCAACAAAAAAGUUCAUAACUAUGUAUUCCUGUUUCAAGUUCAGCUUCCUGAAUGAAGUGGAAGGACUGGACAUGAGACAAUCUUCCGUGUCACUCAUAUAUCCAGAAGAGCUCAGCUUUGUGAGACUGAACCUUGAUGUAGUUUUUGCUGUCCCUUUCUGAGAGUCAUAUUGUCCUAGUUGUUAACAUUGUCUUCAGGUGAAAUGAGAUGAAGAAGUCAAGUUUAAUGGGUAACAAAACAGGGAAUCAAGGGUAUAGUCUCACAGCUGAAAAGGCUGAGAGUUUUCAGGAAGGCUAUCUAUUCUAGCAAGCCAGCCUCUCCUCUGAAAAGCAGUCAUUGAUUUUAUUCCUGUGGCAUUCUUCAUGCCACAGGGGUUGUCUCUGGAUGUUUAAAUUGUGUACAUUCUGCAAGGCCCUGGCUGCAUCCCUCCAUUAUAUUGAUUCUCAUGGGAAAAUUCGCUAUCCACACUAUGAAGUAACAGCUGAACUUUUCAGGGAUGCAUCUGUUUUGAACAGGAGGGUAUCUUCUUUCAGACAAUAUGCUUCUAAAAACCACAGUUAUACGAAUGAUCAUAGGGAGCAAAAUGAGACAGUCCUAAGAAACACUCCUGGACAGUGUGCAGAGUUUGUUGAGCUGUUCUGUGGAAAUGAAAUUGUUGAUUUUCAGAGUCUCACUGAAUAUGCAGGUUGGCGGAGUCACUCAGACAAGUGUAUCUAGACAAGAAUUCUUGACAUAUGGCUGCAAACCCCUCAAGAAAAACUUUGCCUGUCUCCUUCAAUAGAAAAAUCACUUCCAUUUUUCCUGUUCCUGUUCAGCCUUUGCCCUCCUAAGCUGUGAACUUCCAGUGGCAGGACCUGUCUUCUGAGAUGGGUUUCUGUCCUUAGCAAUGUGUAACACCACAGAGGGGAAGAGGCAAAAUCUUGUGAACUCUUGUAUUUGCAGACCACUGCAAUACUUCACCAAAUAAUUAGCUGGAAAUGAAGGAGCAAAACUCUCAAUGGCUAGUAAAUAGGUGUUGAGUAAUAAAAAUGAAACAAACAAACCAAACAACAAACAAUGAAACAAACAAAAAAACCCCAAAUCCUCAAGCUGACUUUAUUCUGUGAGAACUGUGGAGUUUCUGUGUCUCUCAGGUUCAGCCUAUUACUGAAUGUUUUGUUACAUAUAUAGGCACUGCAAAGGAGAGCCAGGGACAAAGCUCUUUACAUGCUCUUCCUAUUGCCUUAAAUUGAUAUAUUCUGGCACAGAAGUUUAGAAUAAGGAAGAAAUGUCUGUGGUUCUAAAAUUCAAAGAACACACCCAGAAUUAAUACGUCCACACACGUAGAUGUAAAGUUCCAAACAUAUCGAGCUGGCUUUUUUUGAGGAGAGUAAUUUUCAAGAUGUCUUGAUCACAGUGUUAUCCUUUAACACUUGUAUUAAACAUCCUUUAACUCCUGCUGUGAUCUGGGUCAAAUACCUUAACCUUUCUGCCUCAGCUUCCUCAUCUGUAAAAUAGGGAUUGAUGUACACACCUACCUCACAGCACUCCUUGAAAGUUACUGUUGGCACCGUGCUUUGAAGAUAUAUGUUAUACAAAUGCCAAGCUCUAUUACUGUUCAAAAUGAAAUAUGAGUGCCCUCUAGCAUAAAUACAUGGUGCUGUAAUGCCUUAGUGUUCUAAAUCUACCCAAGGUUUCUCUGUACUACAACAAUUAGCUUCAAUUAUUCCACCUCAGUUAACUUAGUCAAGGUUGUAAAGCAGUAUGUGACUACAUGGGAUGAUUAGGCUAUCUGCAGAUGGGUUGCAAAUGGAAGCUGUGGCUGCAUGAGUGUCUAAUAAUAACCUCAGUUUAAUAAUCUAAGUUUAAAAAUUUCAGCAGCAAAGCUGCAGUUUAAAACUACUGCCAGGACAACUAUUUCAGAUUUAAAGCAUUAUUUGAGUCAAGUCGUGUGGAUGCCUGAUUAAGGAUAACACUUAAUUUGUGCCUUCAGCCAAUACUGUGGGAAACAAAAGCACUUAGAUAUUCAGAUGGCUUCUAAAGGGCUAAAUUUUCAGGAGUUGUAGCCCAUGCUUUAAUUAUAAAUCUGGAUGUCUCAGGUGAAGCAGAGAAAGUUGUAGCUUUUCUAGAAAUUAUUUAGUUCUCAACUCACAACAAACAUAACGGUUGCUGGCGUUUUUUAAUUAUCUUCACAUCACUUGUCUUUGAUGGCUUCUAGCCAAUUUUCAUUGUUCAUAAUGGUAACUUUUACAAAUAUUUGAGAGUUAUGGCUAAAGAACUAGUAUUACAGUAAUUUAAGAAACCAUAUAAAUAAAACACUUGAAGGAUAUAUAGUUGUGGGGUUUUUUUCUUCACUGUAUUGUAUAAACCUGCUUUAAACGAAAAACUCAUCAUCUGUUCCCCUUGUUUCUGCUGUGUGAGGUUUCAAUGCAGUCACAAUUCUGGGGCAGAUCUUCCACCUUCGGUAAAUGGUGGACAGAAUUUGGCCAUUUUCUAGCCUAAGGACUAUACAAGAUAUAAGUUCUAAAGUCAUGCAUGUUUACACCAUAAGAAUUAGAACAGUAUCAUAAAGAAUCAAGCCUCCUUAAGAAGUUACAUAAUUUCCAGUGUUCAUUUUUAUUUGUACUGAAGUGACAAGAAUCUGUCAAGUCUCUUUCUAUAAUGCAAUAAAUGUGUUAAUGCCACCUGGAUAUCUAGUAAACAGAGCCUUUUUAGAAGGGGUUGUCAUAAACAGGCCAGAAUAAAAGCUUUCAUUUAGAAUUAAUGAGCUCAGUUUAUGCCAAUACCCUUUCAGUAACAAAUGUAAAAUUUAAUGAUACUGUGUCAGUCCCUAACAGGUUGUAUUUACUUGUUUUUUAUUGAUACAUUCUGUACUAUGUCCUCUUUUCUGUCAUCAGGGACCAGGCAUUUUAAUUGCAUGACCACUUUGAAAUGAAACAUUUUCCCCUUCGGUUUGUAAUAAGAAAUAAAAGACAUGAGUCUCUGUUGCCUUCCAAGUGGGCAAAGAUACUGCAAGUUGGAUUUAAAAUUAAUUUUCCUUCCAGUUCUCCAUAAACACCCCUCUGAGUGUCCCAGCACCUAGAAUCACUGGCUGAUGUGCAGAUGAUGUGCUGGGUAUAAGGGAUCAGCCUGAAAUACUCAUGAAAAAUGGUGGUUGAGCAUCUCCAACCCAAGGCUUCAUUUACCAAUUCAGUCACAACACCAGUAAUGACAGGAUGUCUGUCACUUUCCAUGUUUGAAGGUCCAUAUAAACAGAAUCUCAUGAUCCCAAAUACAUGGGGAAGCGUAUACAUAUUACUGAUAGAAAAAUGGGUGGAGUGAAAUGUAAAUAAUACUCGAUUAAUCCAGAAAGAUCAUAAUUUAUUUGAUGAAGUUGAGCUUUCCACAGAAAGCCAUUUGGACUCUGAAAAUCUGGCUUUGUUCUUCUUGUGCACAAUUUUUUUAGGUCAUAUAUUUUCACUGAACUUUUCUGUUCAAGAAUAGCUCUUCCCAACAGUAUCUUGUGUAUGCAUCUUGAAUUGUUGUACAUCAAUAUAUUAUCUUCAGACUUUUUUUUUUUUUUUCUUCUAUUUUAACCUAUCUGACCAUAUAAUAGUGGGAGGGUGAAGAUGCUUGUGUAAUAGCAGUUUGGUUUACUUCUUAAAACAGCUUGUCUUGCUGGAUGAAGUGAAAUGGCUAAAUACAUUUGGGAAAUGCAAUUUUUUGUCAAUUGCCAGGAAACAAUCAAUGAAAAUAUAUUUUCCUGCACCAAUAUUUAUGCAUGUGACUGCAGGUUCUAUUGUAAUAAAAGAAGAUAUUUCUGACAAAA